GGCCGCGCAGAAUGAUCCGACGGCGCAUGACGAAUGGCUUUCGUUAGCGCCUGGGAGAGGAGGGAUCCAUAGAAAAUUUGACCCUUUCGUUGUGAUUUUCGUGAGAAUUUUGUCUUUUUUUGUGUUAUAUGGAGUGUACACACGUUGGCCAAGCCGUAAAAGUUGGCUCACAGCUUAUUCAAAAGAUACGUCGGGAAAAAACGACGCAGUGGUCUUGCUCAAGUACGGUUUCAGUCGAAGAGGGUCGAUUAGUUACCCAUUUCUCAAUUUCUGGUCUUUUGGUUUCACCUUUACCGGUGUUUCUAAAGAGCUCAGAAUUCUGACUUAAUUUCUGUGUUCUAGUUUGUAGAUCAACAAAAAGUCCAUGGAUAUGUCUGCGUUGUGGUGUCAUCAGCUGCGGAAGGUACGUCACCGAUAAAGUAUCACCGUGUUGUUCGAGUUGUUUUGUCGAUCAGGGGGUGUCGAAACGUAGGAAUGUCGCCGCGCUGUUUAGCUCUCCCAUGAAUUUGAUAUCAAUUAUUCACCCGUAGAUGGUUUUAUUAAUCUAGUGGCCAUUUUACUCCAGGUACGUGAAUGGUCAUGCCAAAGCUCACCAUGAAGACAAUCAACAGCAUUCGGUGUGUUUGGAUCCAAGUUUGUCUGCGUUUUGGUGAGCAUCAAGAUUUGUACUUUGCUAGGAAAUUCGAUGAUGUCAUUGGAGCUUCGUUUCCGAUUUUUUGCUCGACGUUUUUGCUAACCCCUCGAUACAUUUUGUAUUUUUCUACAGCUAUGCUUGCGACGAAUUUGUUAUCAACGAUACAAAGUCGGGAGAUAUUCAGAGAGUACGCGAAAUUAUGUUAGAGAGAGAAAAUAGGUAAUGUUAUGUUUACUCGUUUAUUUAAGGAGAACCGUUGAAAAAGGAAACCAGGAAAUCAUUAAAAAAAUUUAUUUUCAUGUACUCUCAAUUUGUUUUACUGGCAGUGAGGUGUUCUCAAUUCGACGUUUUGUCCGUAGUUGUUUCCAUUGUUUGGGUUAUAAACUUCAUUUGAAGAUUGCGUUAUUCGUUUCCUCAGUGGCCGCCAUGUUGUUUUCAAGCCCAUGAAUCACUGCACGGCACGUGUUUACGUGACGUAUAUUUGUCAGAGUAUUAUGGGGUACCAAGCAAUUGAGACAAUUUCGGCGAAAAAUUAUACUACGAAAUUAGUGGCCAAUAGUUUUGGAGAAGAGUUUUGUACAAUCUCAUACUAUUCUAAAACAAGGGAUGAGUCAUUACAGCAAUACUUCAUUACUUAAUAGAGAUACUCCUAAAACAGAGUGCAUCCUACAAAGAGUUGGAAAACAAAUAAAUAAAUUAAAGAGAAAUUAUUUACAUGCCAAAUAUUAUAUUUACAUUUUAAAAUGACUAUUUACAAGUUUUAAUCUACACUAAAAUUCUGAGUUAGAUACAGUGAAUUAAAAUAAGAAUACUUAUCACAAUAACUUAAUCCUGGAUCUAAUGGUGGGCAUUACACCACUAUUUGAAGGGAAAAAUAUAUGUAGUUACAGGUAGCAGAUUCCAGGCUACUAUGGAACUGUUGAACGAAUAUUUGUAAACAUUGCAACUGGCCUGAAUAUUAGGAAUAGGAAAGGGAAUGCACAAGAGACUCAAGAAGCCCUUUUUAGAGAACAUACUUAUUACUCAAAUACAAAUGGAAGGGAGAUACCAAUUAGGCCUUGUUGGAUUAUAUAAAACAUGGAUAAUUGUCAUGAAAGUCUAAUGAAAGUUCAAGGGUGUUCCAAUCUAUCAUCAUACCCAUUGUUUUUGUUACUAAAGAAGUAAAAGAACAACAUAUAAUUUGAAUGUGAUUUAUAUGAGGGUCUUUAUGGAAUGAGAUGGUCAGGAAUUGUUGUUAAUGAUUAACAGAACUUAAUUUUUAUUAGGAAACGUCGUCUGCAGGAUUCAACUUCGCCUGAAAGACAAAAGAAAGCUUCAAAAGCAAAUGUAAGUUCGACCAUGAAGAAUGGAAAAAAAAAUAGAAUGUGCAGGGUUUGGAUGGGUCUUGCAGGGAGGGGGGGCAUUUCCAGGACUAGGAAAAAAAAUGUAUGUCCAGUAAAGUCUUAGAAAUCUGCUUAACACAAGCAAUAAAGUUUUCAGAAUUUAUGUUACAAGUAUUGUUUGUAGAUGGUAAAGUAAAUUGAAUUUGAAAUCUUGGGAAUGAAAGGUUUUGAGGUGAAAUUUUGAGUCCUGGAAAAUUAAAUCUGAGUCUUGGAAAAGUCUUUGAAAUUUGUUUCAGAAAAACAGUACAAACCCAGAAUACAUGCUUGGAAAAUACAGAUUCCACAGGGCAUUUAGAUAUAAUCAAAUUUUUCAUGCAAACAGAUACUCACAGAAUAGUGAUUAGUCCUUUUCAAUGGAAUUUUUUGAUGAAUAGAAACUAAUAGUUGGAGAAUUCUUAAAAUUUUACUGCUUUUGAAAACAACUUCCCUCAAAACCUGAGACCCAACUUUGUAAAAAAUAUUUUACAGCUGAAACAAAAGGAAGAUAUUUUAGAAAUUAGAGUUGAAAAGGUAAAUUAAAAUAUCUCCUAGAAAAAAAUUGAGUGAAAAUAGACAGACAUAAACCAUUUUGUGACUUCAUAUGCAAGUUCAUGAACCUUGUAAUGAUUACAAACAAUUGAUCACUGAUAUAUUUUUUUUAUGUAAUAUCCAGCAAGAAAACAUAGGACGGGUCAAAUAUCUACCAGGUCUUCGAAAUCUUGGGAACACAUGUUUCAUGAAUGCAGUGUUGCAAUCAUUAAGGUGGGUAAUGAACAUUUAUUAUACUGGUUAUGUUCUAUAUUGUUUGAGAAUUAGUACAUGUUGCUAACCCCUAGCCCCUAGGGGUGAUUAGCACCUCAUUUCUCCUUGCUAUAUCAUCCGUUAGUUAAACAUUAGGGUCACAAGAAUAAAUGAAUUGUUCAAUAACUAAAGAAAUUCAUGAUUGUCCAACAAAUUCUCCUUAUUGGUGGCGCCUUAGGAAAUGUGUAGAGAACAGUAUGGAGAGUAGGCAUACUGACGCAAGACGGUAAAAUUUAUAAUUUUUGUAUUUCUUGUUUCCUUGAUGCAGUAACAUUCAAUCAUUCAGCUGUUAUUUCAAAGACCUUCCUGCGUUUGAGCUCAGAACAGAUAACUCAUGUGGAAAACAGCCCUACUUUACCAGAAGCAGGAAAACAGAUGAAGGGUAAGAAAACUGUUUUCACUGCCCACAGUGACGAAGGUAUACUUUCUUCUUACAACAUCAUUACAAUUCCAAGCAGAAAAGUGAUGAGAAUAAAGAAAAAUAUCAAUUAGGGGAUUUACUUUCAUUCCAAUUUAAAAUGCUUUGAACUAAGAUUCUAAGCAGAUAGUAUGGAGACAUAAUAAAGAGAUCUUGGUGUUGCAGGAUCAAAAGCUAUUUACUGGUAACAGUCUAUCUUUUGAUCUUUACAAGGUAAAUCUUACGAAUUCAAAUUUUGUGGUUUUAAAUAUUUUCAAACCAUGUUAAUUGUUGUUUUCCAUUUUCUUGUAUUCAGAUUCAUAAUCUGAAGUGAUUAAAAGCUGUCCCCUAAAAUUGAUGAAAUAGAUGCUAGUUUAAAAAUUCAGACCAAGGAUUAAUUUAAUACACAACUCACACAAACUUUGAGUUGGCAUGCUGCAGCUAUAAUUGUCAAAAAAUUCCUUUGUAAUUGGAAACUUAUCAUAUUUAUUACCUUGUCUUGACCUGUACAGAUCUGUUGUGGAAGAAUUACGAAAAGUAUUGUGUGCACUUUGGCAGGGUGGAGGGGUCACACACUCUCCUGAUGCACUUUUCUCUGUUGUGUGGAAAGUAGUCCCAAGAUUCAGGCAAGUUACUUGUCUGUUACCUAUGAUAGUGAUGAGAUGAUGAGGAAAUUUACCCAGCGGUUCCAUUAAGGUUUGGAUCUUGGGGAUUUCUGGAUUUUGUACCUGGGUGUAUACAAGCGGUGGAGAAUAUGGAAUAUUUCUGCCUCAAAUAUAGCGUUUAUUUGAGAGAAGUGCCUCUUUGAGUGAAUGUAGUAUUUUCCUGCUACUACAUUUGUUAGUGAAAGUUGUGAUUCUAAUUUGAAUCAUCUCUUUUAAUGCAGAGGCUACCAACAACAAGAUGCCCAUGAAUUCAUGCACUAUCUUUUGGACAGAGUACACACUGAACUUCUUCUGUCUCCAAAAAGUUUCGGAACAACAGAAACCAUCAUUACAGGGAUCUUUGGUGGUCUAUUACAUAGUGAAGUAUGUUGGAAAUGGAGUUGUCACAGUAGUUUAGAAAGCCAUGCUUUGAUGAUGUAUUUCCUAUUAAGGUUUUUACUUAUAUUUAUUUUAUCUUUUCUUUUUCAAGGUCAAAUGUUUAGUUUGUGGAACACAUUCAAAGAAGUAUGAUCCAUUUUUAGGUUAGUAGUUUAUUUUGCGUUAACUCAACAUUGACUUUAGAUCGACUAGUAUCUAAUUUCUCGUCAUAAUAUCACCCCUGAAUCACACUUAAAGGUCACAAAUACAAAGGAAAUUAUCACCAGCUAAAGAACCUCUUGAUUGUUCACCAGAUUCUCCUUGUCAGCACCUUAAGAAAUGUAUAGAGGGCAGUGAGGAAAAUAUGCAUACUGAUGUUAGGGUGUAAAGGGUUGAUGAAUUACCAGUGAGAUGCAAAUGUGGGGAUUCUUACUAAUUCUUUCUUUUUAUGAAUAACAGAUUUAUCACUGGAAAUUCCAGCAGAAUUUCAAGUACGAAAAUCAAAGACCAGAGAUCCUCAAGUUUGUCAACUACAAGGUAAGGAUCAAAUACUUUCUAGUAAAGUUACAUCCACAAGACUAACCCCCCAUGAGUUAUAUACAGUAAGUUUUGUUUCCUUGGGCAUGCUCUUGCAUCCACUCGAAAAGAUUUAUCAAGGACCCUCAUCGUAUUCUAUGUUAUUAUUCUUGGUGCAGAUGAUGUGUUAUUUCAUAGAGAAAGCAAACUUUUUUUAAUUUAAUAAAAUGUUCUUUUGUCAAUUUGCUUACACAGAUUGCUUGUAUCACUUUAUAUCACUUGAAGAACUAGCGGAGUCUGAACUAUACAUUUGUCCAAAUUGUAAAAAGAGGCAGAAGUCUACAAAGAAAUUUUGGAUCAAAAGACUACCAAAUGUGAGACAAUUUCCCUUUUUUUACUCAAUCACUCUGCUUUUUUAUUGCUGACACACAAACCCUAUCAUCAUAAGUGUAGAUGUAACACAGUAAACUUCUGAACCCAUUUUAGAAGCCCUUGACACAUCACAAUUACUGGUCCCUCAGAGAGUUGGUUUAGAUAUGUUUCUGUGUUGAGCUGUUUGAUUUGAACCCAAUACCAACAACUUGCCACAAUGUUAAUUUUUCCUUUUUCUUUUUUCCAAGCCUUUUCUUUUUUUGCUGUUAUUCUUACAAUUUAGCCUUGUAUAAUAGAUUCUUCAGGGUGUGAAAUUGCGCCUAAUACAGGCGCCAAUGCGACUAAAUUUUUUACUUUGGCAACCAAAUCCUGAAAGUUAGUCGCCAAAUUGGCGACUAGAACGUUUCAUCAUAACCUUACCAAGAGAUAUAGUGAAUUAAAAAGAUUUGCAAAGAUAAAUCCGCAGCAAACUUCCUCGUUAAGUUUGUUUCCAAAACGUAGCACAUGCAUCUCGAUCGAUAACUACACGCCAUCUUGGUUUUAGAUGAGCUUUAACGUUGUAUAUCAUCCAUCCUAUUGUCCACUUUGUAGCACGUUAAAGAUCUUUUCCCUAACUUAAUUUUGGAGGGUCUAUCUAGAAGGCUGACAGCAUAAAGAAAUAUUUUGUUUGUCUUUGAAAAUGGCGACCAACUUUUUUUGAAUUGGCUACCACUUUGAAAAGUUUAGGAGCCAAGUGGCUAUCAGAAAAAAAAAUUAAUUUCACGCCCUGUUCUUGAUGAUUUUGUAGGUGUUGUGUUUGCAUCUCAAGCGUUUCAAAUUCCAAGCAUUCCAUCGGAGCAAAGUUGAUACAUAUGUACAGUUCCCCAUGAAGGGACUGGACAUGAGUCCUUAUUGUUUACAAGACCAGGUAAGAACCAAUAAUCUUGUGAAUAGAAAAUUGGUCAUAGGGUAUUGGCAAUGUCUUAUUAUUAAAGAGAUCAACUUAUCUACAUUGAAAAAAUUUUAUUUUUCUGGUGAAGUCCUGUAAUGGUUUUUAUGUACAGUUCUUUUGAACUGAUUGAAGUCCUAGUGUGCUUUUUUUUUUAGUAAAAGUUUCACACUGCUGUUACACAAAAGGCUGAGAGAAAAAGUGCUGUCAAGUAAUUCUUUCUGCCCAGUUUAAUAAUACGCGUUUCUCUCAUCAGGAUGAGAACCCAAAAGCAUUUCUGUUUGAUCUUGCGGCUGUUGUUGUUCAUCAUGGCAGUGGGUAAGAGUUUAACUGUGAUUUAAAACUGUAGGAGUGUCAGUUUUACAGCAAAAUGAAUAUUUUCAUAAUUAUUUUUGUUGUUUGUUUGCAGAGUUAGUGCAGGACACUACACAACGUUUGCUUUUCACGAUGGUAAGUAAGAUAGGUAUUGUAGUGAUAUGUGUCUUUGUUACAUGGCUAGGGAAAAUUGUGAGAAAGCAAUUUUGAAUCUUAAGAGAAUAGCAGUAUCUUUUGAAGGAAAGACUUUGGGAUCCUUACCUCUUUGAAAUUAUUUUUUAAUGAUGGAAGCAUUUGUCAUAUUGGUCAGAUACAAAGGAAGGUUAAGCAUAAAUCUCCACAACUCUUGUGUAUUUUUUUGUUUUGUUUUUUUUUGGUUUGUUUGGUUUUUUUUUACAAUUUAAGCAAUAAUAUUGUAAAAACCUGAAAAUAUCAAUAUGCCAAGAGGACUCAAGAUGCUUCCAAAGUUUGACUAUUUAUGAUAAGUUUCUAAUGGGGAAAACACACUUAAAGUUAUGAUAUUAUUAAUCAUCAUUUUUGUGCUAUGUCAUGGUAGAGUGGUGUGUCUGUGGUUCUUAGAUAGCAGUGGACUCAUGACUGGAAAUUUUUCUCCUCAGGACUAUGGUAUAAUUUCAAUGACAGCAAUGUAACACAAACAGAAGAAGGCCAUGUAAGUGGAAGCAAGGGCUAUAUCUUCUUUUACACGCGAAGGCACCCGAACAUGGCUAUCUUGGACAAGAUUAGGAAAUAAAUACAAUUAUUUUCUGUUGACUGUGAUCUUUUCAAAUGACUUUGCUAUUUUUUUACUGUUCUUUUAAGUACUGCUGCUAAUCCUUAGCUCGAUACAGAAGGAGAAACACAAAUGCUAAAUUAUGUAAAAUCUCCUCACAAUUAGUUUUAUUCUUCUGUUAAUCUUCCAUUUGUUUGGACAUCUCCUGUAUUAUUAGCCUCAGUAAAAGUGAUCUGUGAGAAAAAGUUGGAGAGUUUGACACCUGUAUAUAGUCAAAUUUAAAUCAAUCGUGUACAAGCCAGUGAAAUAAGUAUAAAGGAGAGAAAGAGAGAGAGAGACAGGGAGAGAAGCUUUACCAGAGAUCUCGUGUAAAUAAGAAUAAAGUGCACUUUGAAAUUUUGUGG